GAUGCAAAGAGCAUUUAAAAGCGAGGGAAGAAAGAAAGGGGACGGUAAAAAUGCGCGGGCACGUUAUCUGCGGGAGCGGGCUUGGAGUUGCUCUUCUAAAUCCGAGGCCCUCCUCGAGGCCUCCCGGCUUCCAGAUUUCCGCUGGCCACCGGCGAGAAUGGCGACAGUUAUCUGGAAAUUCUAACAUCCUCCGAUCAAUGAGGUCGUCGAGAGAGUUUCGACUGCUGGCAUAUCUUAAGGAACAGGAACUCCAGAUCUCCAAAGGAGGAAGACUGAAUAGACAAGAAACUGCUGAAAAUCUUCAGCAUCAAUGUCAUGCUAAUAUCUUGGAUCAAUCUUCCAUUCUCAACAACCUAAUGAAAUUUCUUCCAGAAAAUUUGGCUUGUAAAACUUUUAGAGACUGUAAUUUAUCUAUUACAUUUAUUGUGAAAGUCGCCACACUGUUUGGACUCCUCACUUUCUGUGGAUCACAAGGAGCACAGGCCAACACAGAGUUUGCAAGUACUUUGCAAUCAUCUGAUUUUUUAGGAGACAUUGGUGAUAUUAGCACAGGUUUUGCUUCGGCGUUUUUGCUGAUCUUUUUUUCCGAGCUUGGAGAUAAAACCUUUUUUAUUGCUGCACUUUUAGCAUCUCGGAAUCCUGGAGCUGUUGUCUUCGCUGGCACAUUUGGUGCCCUUGCAGCAAUGACAGUUAUAUCUGUUUUCCUUGGGCGUGCCUUCCACUACAUUGAUGGCAUCCUUCCAUUCAGAUUUGGUGAAGCAGAUUUACCUAUUGAUGAUAUUGCAGCAGUUUGCCUUUUGGUUUAUUUUGGUGUGUCCACUUUACUUGAGACUGCUUCUGAUGAUGGUCUAAAAUCAAAGGAUGAAGAGGAGGAGGCAAAGUUAGCUAUUUCUGAAGUCUCAGGAAAUGGUGCUGGAAUCCUGUCCAUUGCUGGUACUGUUAUAAGCACUUUCGCUUUGGUGUUUGUUGCUGAAUGGGGUGACAAGUCUUUCUUUUCCACAAUAGCACUCGCUGCUGCAUCAUCUCCUAUUGGUGUCAUUGGUGGAUCACUGGCUGGCCAUGCUGUAGCCACUCUGAUUGCUGUCCUGGGUGGCUCUUUGCUGGGGACGUUUUUCUCUGAGAAGGUGAUUGCUUACAUCGGAGGAACACUAUUCCUUGUAUUUGCUGUUGUGACGCUCGUAGAGAUUUUCACAUAGCGAAGGCGAAUGAGAUCUUACUUGUUUUCAGAAUGCUGAAAGUGAGACUGCAGCAUCCAAAGGUUGGCCCUGGCAAUACGGUCACUAAGCAGUAUGGCUGACUUGUGGGCGUGAGUUUGACAAAGUCGUCGCCAUGUCCAGGAGAUUUGAGGCGAGAGUCCUUUGAUCAAAUUGUUCCAGAGGUUUCCAUAAUAUCUCCUUUUCUUAUUGUUUAUAUUUUACAAGCCAAAAUAUGUGCAACCAUUGGUUCUGAAGGAAAUUCAUGGUACGUCUACAUGUUAAAAUUUGCAACCCUCCCAAA